AUGACUCUCGAAGCAAUUAAGUACAAAGCUGGCCAACUGCAAAUACUCGACCAGCUACUGUUGCCCGGAGAAUCGAAAUACAUUGCCAUUGCCGGCGUUAAGGAUGGUUGGAGUGCGAUUCAUAAGAUGCAGGUGAGAGGUGCACCAGCCAUUGCCAUCGUUGGAUGUUUAUCGCUCGUGGUGGAGAUUUACGAUCAACAGUACGACACGAAGGCUGCGCUCGAGCAGGAAGUAAGCAAACAUCUGCAAUAUCUCGUCACGUCACGACCGACCGCAGUAAACCUGAAGCUGGCGGCUGACGAUGUCAAGGCACUGAUUGAAAGUUGUUUGGCUAACGAAACGGUUAAUGUUGAUGGGAUGAAACAGGAGGUUAUCAAGUCGAUUGAACAUAUGUUGGAGAAGGAUAUAAGUGAUAAUCGUGCCAUCGGCGACAACGGUGCCAAUGUACUGUUGAAAGGAAUAGAUAGGCCAUUGAAAUUGCUAACUCACUGCAACACUGGAUCGCUAGCAACCGCAGGGUAUGGAACGGCUCUAGGCGUAAUACGGAGUGUAAAUGAAAGGAGUCUCCUAGAGCACGUAUACUGUACUGAAACCCGACCGUACAACCAGGGUGCCCGCCUGACCGCUUAUGAACUUGUACACGAUAAACUUCCAGCUACCCUAAUCACGGACAACAUGGUAGCCGCCCUGCUAAACACCCGAAAAAUCGAUGCCAUCAUCGUUGGUGCGGAUCGUGUCGCGGCAAACGGUGAUACUGCGAACAAAAUUGGCACAUAUCAGAUGGCUGUGGUGGCAAAACAUCACGGUGUGCCAUUUUACGUGGCUGCACCAUUCACUUCGAUCGAUGUCGCUAUUACGGACGGUUCGCACAUUAAAAUUGAGGAACGACCAGAACACGAGCUAACGCACAUCGGUGGGCAGAGGAUUGCCGCGCCCGGAAUUGGGUGCUGGAAUCCGGCAUUCGACGUAACACCGGCCGAACUGAUAACGGGCAUUAUCACCGAACGCGGUGUACUGAAACCGAGCGAACUGGCUGAAAAGGUCAGACAAAAAUGAAUGAAG